AUGGAUUCUUAGCACUCUAAUAAGAAAAUUUGCUUUGAAGAAACUUUGGUUAACAUGGAAGCUUAAAAUAUAACUGUUGACAAGUGGGAUAGAUUUAAAUAAGAAUUUGUGAAGACUAUAAUUCAAAUCAACUAUACAAAAGAACAAUAUAUCAUUUAUUCAUAAGAUGGAGUAAUUCUAAGAAUGUAGUAUUCUAUGAUAAUUUAAAUUAGGGAUCAAAUAAGAGGGGGUUGUAAAAGUUCAGAUAUAUUGAGUAAUGUGGAUUAGAUUUAAUAUCUUUUUUUUUAAGGUUAAUAUGAGUAAAAUGAAAGAAAAUCUGGUAGAUGGAGGGCCACUUGGGAUGGAGAAGUUAUUGAAAAUGUUGGAGGGUACUAUGAGAAUGGAUUAAAAUAAGGAUUCUGGAAGGAAUUGAAUAAAAAUUAUUGCAGGUAACAAAGAUUAGCAUUCCAAAAAUGUCCAGCUGAAAUUUUUAAAAUUGGAGAAUACUCUAAUGAUUAAAAAAUUGGUUUAUGGAAAUUUUUUUAUGAUGAUAAAUAGAUGUAAUAUUUUUGAUAUUAUAUUUAGUGGAGGAGGCUUCUAUGAUGGGUAAGCUUAAAAGACUGGUAAAUGGAUUGAGGUAAGUAAUGGAUUCAAUAAAAGUUCAUAAGUUACUUAUCAUGGUGAAUAUAAGAAAGGUAAUAAAGUUGGAAUUUGGGAUAUUUUCUUUGUUGAUAUUUAUAAUACAUCGAAAUAAAUGUAAAAAAUUCUUAUUAAUUUUAAGUGGCGGCGGAUUAUAUGAUAUAAAUGGGAAUGACACUAAGAAUGGUAAGUGGAUUGAGUUGAGCGAAUGGGUUGAUAUCAAAUCAUGUAUUACUCUGAAUGGUGAAUAUAAAACUGGAAGAAAAAUAGGUAGGUGGGAUAUUUUAAUUUACAAAUACCAAUAGCACGACAAUCGAGAAAUAAGAAAAAUGUAACUUUAAAUUAAUAGCAUUUAGAGGUGGUGGAUUAUAUGAUGAUAAAGGUGAAGGCACUAAAAUAGGAAGAUGGAUUGAAAUAAAAGAUAAAUAUGAUGAUAUUUCAUAAAUCAUCUUUACUGGUGAAUAUCAUAAUGGUAUAAAAAAUGGUAAUUGGGAUAUUCUAUUUUCAGAGAAGGGCUUCUAAAAUUAUGAAAAGAUGUAAAAUUAUCAAAAUAAUCCUUAGAGGAGGAGGAUCUUAUAAGAAUGAAUUGGGUAAACCAAUUAAAAUCAAAAAUUGGGUUGAAUCGAGUGAUAAUUAUAAAGCCAAUUCAAAAGUUGUUUACACUGGUGAAUAUAAGAAUGGCUAAAAAGUUGGUAGAUGGGAAACUUAGAUUAAAGAUUUGUUCUCAAAAAACAAUUAAUUGAUGUAUAGAUUUCAUCAUCUCACUAUAGUUUGGGUGGAACUUACAAGGAGUCAGAAAGUGGAUCAAUAAAAAUUGGAAGAUGGGUUGAAUUGAGUAAUGAGUUCAAAAACUAGUAAUAAAUUAUGUAUAGCGGUGAAUAUAAUAAAGGUAAAAAAGUUGGUAGGUGGGAUAAUUGGUAUAAUUGGAGUUCAAAAUAUUAGAUGAUGUAAAAAAUAAAAAUAGUAUUUAGGGGUGGAGGAUUAUAUGACGAAAGGUCGAUUAAAAUCGGAAAGUGGACUGAGUUGAGUGAAGAAUAUAGCAAUUCAUUAUGUAUCAUGUUUAACGGGGAAUAUAAAGAUAGUAAAAAGGUUGGGAAAUGGCAAACUAAUCAUUGGCAAACAAUUCCUGAAAAGAAUAAAAAAAUGUAAUUAUGGAAUUAUUAAAAUUAAUAGUGGUGGUGGAGUUUAUGAUUAAAUGGAGGGAUACUUGAUCAAAGUAGGAAAAUGGGUUGAGUUAAGUGAUGAUUAUAAAGAAAAUUCAUAAAUUACAUACAGUGGUGAAUAUAAAAAAGGUAAAAAAGUUGGUAAAUGGGAUACUUGGUAUAAAGAUGAGAGAGGAAUAAAAAAUAAAUUGAUGUAAUUAGUAAAAAUAGUAAGUAGAGGGGGCGGAUCAUAUGAUGACAUAAAUUCGAUUAAAAUUGGAAAAUGGAUAGAAUUGAAAUAUGGAUUGAGAGAUUUAGGCAGAGUAGUUUGUAUUGGUAAUUAUAAAAAUGGCAGCAAAACAGGAGAAUGGCAUUUUUAAUUUAAUAAAUAAAAGAUGUAAAUAUUAAAAAGUUAUCACAUAAUAUAGUGAUGGUGGAUGCUAUGACGAAGUAGGUGAAGGAAUUAAGAUCGGAAAAUGGACUGAGUUGAGCGAUAUUUUUGAUGAUAACAGUUAAAAUAUUUACAAAGGUGAAUACAAAAAUGGAAAAAAAAUUGGAAUAUGGGAGUUGUUUAAUAUUUUCAAGAAUAAACAAUUGUAAUGGAUUGAUUAUAAUUGA